CGCGCGCCUUUUUACCGUGCGCGGUGAUGCACCUUUUUACCAUGGAACGUCGCCCUAAGUGCCGACGAACUUUUGAAAAUGGAAAUCGAUGAAGUGGGCUGUUGUAGUAAAAGCAAGUUGUCCGAGGUUAGAGUUUCGGUUAGGAGUGAGCAGGAUGUAUCCGAAUGUUGAUACCGCGGAUAUACUGGAGAACCGAUCAGUGGCAUUUGUUCGUUAACGCAUUGGCUUUCAAGCGGCUCUUAUCUGUCUGUUGCGAGUGAUAAUAAUUCGUGAGGGAAGCACCGAUCGCGAUGGAGAAGUUUAAUCGUCGAUGCGACUGAUCGAUGAGCAUCGCACGUUGAUAGACGCGAUAAAUUAGCCUGAUAAGGGCCUGGUUCGCUUGGUUUAGUUAGCAGACCGUCACUAUGAGUAACAGAGAGAAGGGUGAUUUACGGUUGGAACAACAUGUUCGAAUGAAAGAUGAGAGAGAGAGGAAGCAGUCUGUGUCGUCGCAGAGUGAAGAUUCGGACGCGAAGAAGAAGCGGCGAAACACGUGUAGCAAAGACAAGAGGAAGAAAUCGAAGGGUAGAAGUAGCUCCAGUAGCUCGAGUUCCUCCAGUGGCUCCAGCCACGAAGCUAAACAGCAAGACGAUCGAGAGAAGAAAAACGACAAGUGGAGCAAGAGGUAUGAAAACGGUGUCAGACCGUACAGGUCGUCGAAUCCGCGGGAGAGCAGGGGAUAUUACAAAGGGAGGAGCGGAUACUUGGACAACCGUAAACGUAAUUUCGGUUAUAGGCCUUAUAAGCAUUCUGGAUAUUACGACAGGAAUAGACAGAACAAUUCGCAAUACAACAGGUAUAACAACGAGAGGAGAGGCAACAGAUUUUUCAAUCAUAACAACAGAAGACCACCGUACGACAGAUCCAGGAGCAGGAGCACGCAGGAUCACGAACAUCAGAGAGGCUUGAAAGAAUCCAGUGAGCACUCGAAGGAAGACGAUCUGAGGGAAAGACACGCGAAGCAACCCAGUACGGACAAGGUGGAAUUGAAGAAAAAAGAUGCCGACGAGGCUUAUCCUAAGAGGAAAGAAAAGAAGAAAGACGAGGAUGUUCAAGAGAAGACUGACGUGCGUAAGAAGUCGAAAAGGAAAAGAUCUUUGUCCUCUUCGAGUUCCUCGAGCGCCAGUAGUACCAGCAGCGAGAGUAGUAGCAGUAGUUCUACCAGUAGCAGUAGCACCAGUAGCGGUAGCAGCAGUAGUUCGGACUCUUCCGAGGACGAGAAAAAACGUAAGAGGGCAAGGAGGAAAGCUAAGAAGCUGAAGAAAGCCAUGAAAAAGCGGAGGAAGAAGAAGAGGAUGAAGAAGAAAUUGAAAAAGAAAUUGAGGAAGUCUAAGAAGAAGGGAAAGAGCACGGAGAAGGUGAAGGAGAGCGUCUCGAAGAAUUCGCAGCAAGAUGUGUCGGAUAAAUCGAAGGCCAUGGCGCCGAUGACGAAGGAGGAAUGGGAAAAGAAGCAGAGCGUGGUGCGCAGAGUAUAUGAUGAAGACACUGGACGAUACAGACUAAUUAAAGGCGACGGAGAGGUCCUGGAGGAAAUAGUGAGCAGGGAUCGUCACAAAGAGAUAAACAAACAAGCGACUAAGGGGGACGGGGAAUAUUUCCAGUCACGCUUGAAAGCCAGUGUUUUAUGAACUAUUUUUCUAUGUAUGCUAAAGAAGUAUCCUUACAUGGUAAUUAUUACUUUAUCGUCAGUGUUAAACUCCUCUACGACAAUAUGUUUUAUGAUGUCUCGAGCAAAAACGGAUUACUUAUAGAUUGUACAUUGAUGAAACUCGUCUGCAGCAUGGUUUUAGUUACGUUACAUGCACAUAACGUUUUAUGUGAAACGUCGAUGACCAAAUGUUAAAAUAUGAUCGAUAACAGAAACACACACACACAGUUUGGAUUCUGAGACAGUUUCAUAUAGUCAUAUCUUUUUCACAUUGUGACUAUUCGCGUUUAUCGUCAUGCGUAAAAUAAAAAGAGGAACUUUUGUAUGCAUAAAACGACUAAGUCGUACGACGCAAUAAUAGAGUCGAAUGAAAUAUUCUGACUGUUUGUUACUUCGAUGAGUCGAUUACACAGUUUUCGUAAAUAGGGCAAUUGAUUCAUGGUCUAGAGAGCUCGUCGAAAAUAUAAAUUUUAGUUUCUCGUAUAAAUAAUUAUCUUCGAACAGUUAAUUCCUUUUUUUUAUAUGUACAAGUUGUGUUACAAGUUCGUCAAAAUUACAUGAUUCAGUUUCUCUUUAAGAGCGCGUAUUGAAAUUAUCUUACUGUAGGUACGGUGAUAUCAGGUUAAUUGAUAAGCGAUUCGUGUAAAGGUAGCAUUAUAAAUCAUUUAAAAAAAAAAGAGGUUUAUGUGUCACGUAUAUUAAGAGUCCGUGUUGUUCGAUACGAACUCUUCCAUCAACAAAUGAAAAAAUAUAAUUUUGUAUAUUACACAA